UGUGAAGAUAAGACGAUAUUCGAGAGACAUGUCACAACGGGAAGAUGCUAUCAAAUUCGAGACAGGUCGUAUUAAAGCGCUACAAGAAGAGCGGCUUUACAUUCAAAAGAAGACUUUUACCAAAUGGAUGAAUUCUUUUUUGCAAAAAGCUAGAAUGGAAGUGGAGGAUCUCUUUACAGAUCUUGCAGAUGGGAAAAAAUUGCUUAAAUUGCUUGAAAUAAUCUCAGGUGAAAAACUUGGAAAGCCAAACCAUGGCAAAAUGAGAGUUCACAAGAUAGAAAAUGUAAAUAAAAGUUUGGCUUUCCUUCAUACAAAGGUUAGAUUAGAAAGCAUAGGAGCUGAAGAUAUAGUCGAUGGAAAUCCAAGGUUAAUAUUAGGUCUUAUAUGGACAAUAAUUCUAAGGUUUCAGAUACAAGAAAUAGAAAUUGAUGUUAAUGAAGAUGAUGAAAGUAGUGAGAAAAAGUCUGCUAAAGAUGCCUUAUUAUUAUGGUGCCAAAGGAAAACUGCUGGUUAUCCAGGUGUCAAUAUUCAAGAUUUCCAUGUAAGCUGGAGAAAUGGCUUAGGUUUUAAUGCACUUAUUCAUUCACAUAGGCCUGAUCUCAUUAACUACCCAGCUCUUCAUAAUAAUAGUAAUAUUCAGAAUCUAAAUAAUGCAUUUGAUAUUGCACAGAAAGAACUUGGUAUCCCUCGUUUACUGGAUGCUGAAGAUGUUGAUACAAAUAAACCAGAUGAGAAGUCUGUAAUUACGUAUGUUGCAUCAUAUUAUCAUACAUUUGCUAGAAUGAAAAGUGAAAUGAAAGGUGGCAAACGUAUUGCCAAUAUUGUUGGUCAGAUGAUAGAUGCUGAUAAAUUGAAAAAUAACUAUGAAAGUUUCACUACCAAUCUUUUGGAGUGGAUUAAAAUAAAAAUCAAAGAACUAGACAAUAGGAAUUUUCCAAACUCAUUGGAAGGGAUUCAGAAGGAACUUUUGAGAUUUAAAGAAUAUAGAACAAUUGAAAAGCCUCCUAAGUAUAAAGAGAGAAGUGAAAUUGAAGCCUUACUUUUCUCAAUUCAAACAAAAAUGAAAGCUCUUGGUCAACCUUUAUAUGUUCCACCUGAAGGACAGUUAGUCCAUGAUAUUGAAAAAGCAUGGGAUGAAUUGGAAAAAGCUGAACACAGAAGGGAAGUUGCUCUUAGGGAAGAAUUACUAAGGCAAGAAAAGCUAGAAAAUCUUGCUUAUCGUUUUGAGCGUAAAAGUGUUGUUCGAGAAGGUUAUCUGAAAGAAAUGAUACAAGUUCUCUCAGAUCCUAGGUAUGGAAGUAAUUUAUCUCAAGUAGAGGCAACUGUGAAAAAGCAUGAAGCAAUUAGUGCUGAUAUAUUAGCUAGGGAAGAGAGGUUUCAGAAUUUAACUACAAUGGCCGAUGAAUUAGUAACAGAAAAUUAUCAUAGUAAGGAUAGAAUCAAACUCAGGGAACAAGAAAUUAUGCAGAGGUGGCAUUACCUUUUAGAAUUACUUAAGAAACACAGAUCAACUCUGACAAACCUUAGUAAUUUGAUGAGCAUGCUUCGAGAAAUUGAUACAAUAACUGUGGAAAUUAAAGAUAUGGAGAGUAGUUUUUAUACUGAAGAUCUUGGUCGGCAUCUUUUAGCUGUUGAAGAUUUACUUCAGAAACAUAGUCUUGUAGAAGCUCAUAUUACUUCCCAGGGAGAUACAAUAAGAAAACUGAACAAGCAAGCUCAAAGUUAUAUUGAUGACGGACAUAAAGAAGCUCCUAUAUUACAAAAACGUCUAAAUAAAUUAAACACAGAAUAUGAUAAUUUAGUUAAUCUGGCUGCCAGCCGUAGAACUAAAUUGGAAGAAUCACGAACAUACUACCAAUUUGUACAAGAUCAGGAAGAAGAAGAAGCCUGGGUAAUUGAAAAGCAAUUAAUAUGUAAAGCUGUAGUUCCUGGAAGAGAUUUGCAGGGAGCCCUUUCUUUGCAGCAGAAACACAAAGCACUGGAAGUUGAAAUCAAUGCAAGAUGGCCUCAAAUCACGAAAGUAAUAGAAGCAGGAAAUGUGUUGAAAGCACAGAAACAUCCCGAAAGUGCAGAUGUUUCUGCUAGAAUUGACAGUUUGAAGAAAAAUUGGGAUAAGUUGCAUGAAUUGUGGGCAAUGAAAUGUAAACAACUAGAAGAUGCCUGCGCUGCAUAUCAGUAUCAAGCAGAUGCAAACGAAGCAGAAUCGUGGAUGAAAGAGAAAAGACAGUUAAUGUCUAGUACUGAUUAUGGAAAAGAUGAGCCUAGUGCACAGGCUCUUUUACAAAGGCAUGCAAGACUGGAAAGUGAAAUCAAAGCUUACAGCUCUGACAUUGAGAGAUUAAAUGAGCAAGCUGAAACCAUGAUAAAAUCUGGAAUGGCAACAUAUUUUCUUUCUGAAGCUAUCAAUGAACCUGAGUCUGAAGAAUGGGUGGAAGAAGUUGUUAUUGCUCCUGUUGAUGAAUGGGUAGAAGAGAUUUAUGAAAAAGAAAUUGUAAAAGAAGUAGUUGAAGAUCGAAAAAUUCCUCAGGUUCGAGCUAUGUAUAAAUUUUCAGGACAAGAUCUCGAAAUUGAUAAAGGAGAAGUUAUGAUUUUAUUACAAAAAACAAAUGCUGAUUGGUGGAAUGUUCGUAAAUCAAAUGGCCAGGAUGGUUUUGUUCCAGCAAAUUAUGUCACUGAAAUUGAACCUAAAAUAGUUCGCAAAAGGGGUCAAAAAGUCUUGAAAGUUCCUGAGAAAAGAAAAGUUAAGAAGACUGUUAUGAAAAAACAAAUAGUGAAAAAGAAGAAGCAGUCUUUGCCAUAUAAAAAAGUACUGUCUCGGUCUCCAAGUAAAUCUCAAGAAUUCAUACUGAAACGACAGAAAGCUAUUAAUGAAUCAUAUGCUGAACUCAAUGAAUUAUCAAAGGCUCGUAGACAUUAUCUGGAGGAUGCCAUACGUUUAUUUAGCUUCUAUCGAGAAUGCGAUGACUUUGAAGCUUGGAUGAAAGAAAAGGACAGAGUACUUACCACCAGAGAUCCCAAGGAAGGAGUUGAAGUGAUGAAAAAGAAAUUUGAAAACUUUUUGACUGACCUUUCGGCAACUAGUCGUAGAAUUGAAGAAGUUGACAACCGUGUUGAAGAAUUUGUGCGUACUAAACAUAGUCAACUUGGUGCUGUUAGAUCAAGACAGAAGCAAAUACAUGAUAGGUGGAAUAGAUUAAAUCAUUUGAAGACAGAGAUUGAGAAGAGUUUAGAAGGAGCCACAAGUGUUGAAUUAUUUGAACGUACUUGUGAUGAUGCCUAUGAAUGGAUGCUUGAGAAACUUGAAAAAAUUGAAACAGAUGAUAUUGGUAGAGAUAUGAAAACUGUUCAAGCUCUGCAACGCAAACAUCAGAAUCUGGAGAGGGAAUUAGCACCUGUUGAAGAAAAAUUUAAUAGAGUGAAUUUAUUGGCUGAUUCUGUAAAAGCAUCUUAUCCUAGUGAAAGGGCUAAUGUUACAUCACGGCAACAAGAACUUCAUGAUCUAUGGGAAAAAGUGAAGGAAAAAGCCGCUCAAAGACGAGCUAGAUUAGAUGAGUCACUUGGUUUACAGAUAUUUCGAAACAGUGUCAAGAGUCUGUUAGCAUGGGUGAGUGAUGUAAAGCAGUUGCUUAAUAGUGAUGAACCUGCUCGAGAUGUUGCCACUGCAGAAAAUCUUUUGAAGAAACAUCAAGACCUUGGGGAUGAUAUUGCAGCUCAUCAAGAUGAGUUUACAGAUAUACAAGGCUUAGGGGUUAGUUUAUUGCAAAAAAAUCCAGAGUCUACUGAAAUAAGAGAUGCUUUAGUUCAGUUACAAGAAGAGCAAGAUGCAAUACACCGAGGCUGGCAAGAAAAGGGAGACUGGUUGAGACAGUGUAUGGAUUUGCAAGUUUUCAAUAGGGAAGCUGAUCAGAUUGAUAGUAUUACAAACAGUCACAAUGCAUUUCUGGAGUUUGAAGAUCUAGGUAUGACUUUGGAUGAUGUUGAAACCUUGCUAAAAAGACAUGAAAAUUUCCUUAACACUCUUCUAGCCCAGGAUGAAAGACUGCGAACAUUUAGCGAAAUGGCUGAUAAACUUAUAGCAGCAAGACACUAUGAAAGCAAAUACAUUGAUCAAAGAAGGAAAACUGUGCUUGCUCAAAGACAAGCUGUGAAGCAAAAAGCAGAGCAACGAAAAAAUUUACUUUUGUCAUCUCACGCUUUUCAAGAAUUCCGUACUGAUGUAAAUGAGCUUUCUGGGUGGAUUCAAGAGAAAUUAAAAACAGCAUCUGAUGAAUCCUAUCGAGAUUUGACUAAUCUUGAACGUAAAUUGCAAAAGCAUGAAGCAUUCGAAGCAGAGUUGAAAGCUAAUGCUGAGAGACUUGAUGCCAUAAAUAAGAAUGGCGAGUCACUUUUAACUGGAGGCCAUUAUGCAGCUAAAAAGAUCGAGAGUUUAUUGAAACAACUGAAUGAACAGUGGCAAGAGUUAUGUGCUAAAACUUUGGAGAAAGGACAGAAACUGCGAGAGGCAAAUGCUCAGCAUACUUAUAACAGAACUUUGGAGGAUGCCCGAACUAAAUUAGAUGAAUUGGAAAAUUCUCUAGCAUCUGAUGAUCUGGGUCAUGAUUUAAGGAGUGUGAAAAAGCUUCUUAAACGCCAUCAGAUGCUUGAAAACGAACUGUUGACUUGGGAAACUAAAGUUACGGAACUUGUUUUCCUUGGUGAAGAGAUGGCUAGCCAAGGACACUUUGAUGCUCAAAAUAUUCUUAAAGGCACAAAAUCUGUUACAGAAAGAUUUGCUAAAAUGAAAGCUCCUGCUGCUGAGCGUCGUCAUAUUCUGCAGGAAUCUCUGAAACUUCAUGAAUUUAAUUUUGAAGUUGACACUGAAAUACAGUGGAUUAAAGAACAUUUGCCUGCUGCCUCUUCUCAAGUUUUAGGGCAAAAUCUCAUUGAUGCUCAAAAUAUAUAUAAGAAACAUCUGAAAUUGGAAAGAGAAAUUAAUGGUCAUCAACCGAUGAUUGAAAAAACUUUAGCAACUGGACAACAGCUAAUUGAGCAAAAACAUUAUGCAUCAUCAUCAAUAGAAUCUAAAUGUCAAGAAUUGAAAACUUCUUGGAAAGAGCUUCUUGAUUGUGCUUCUGAGAGGAAAAAGAAACUUGAAUUAUCUUUGAAAGCUCAGGCAUUUUUCUCAGAAGCAAAUGAAGUAGAAGCAUGGAUGAAUGAAAAGACAGACAUUUUAGAAAGUACUGAUUAUGGGAAGGAUGAAGAUGCAGCUGUCAAACUUUUAACGAAGCAUAAAGCCCUUGAACUUGAAAUAGACACAUAUUGCAGUCUAAUCACUGAAAUGGGUCAUCAGGCACAAAUUAUGAUUGAUUCAAAUCAUCCAGAUUCUAAAGUUAUCAGUAAUAGAUUACAAGUUGUAAACCAGCAGAUGAAAAAUAUUCAAAAAUUAGCUAAUAUACGAAGGCAGAAGUUGAUGGAAUCAAAACAUCUUCAUGAAUACUAUAGAGAGAGUGAUGAAUUGGAAAAUUGGGUCAAUGAACAGAUGUUAAUGGCAAAUUCUGAGGAUUAUGGACAAGACUAUGAACAUUUAUUGCUUCUUCAAAGCAAAUUUGAUGACUUUAAGCUACGGGUGGAAUCAGGAUCAGAAAGAUUUAAUCAAUGUGAAGAACUUGCAAAAAAACUUAUUGCAAGUGACAGCUCUUACUCAGGGAAAAUUGAACAAAGGCAGCAGCAUUUAAGGAAAGCCUGGUCUGUUUUGUUGGACAGUAUUGAAGCAAGAGAUCAGAAGCUGCAUGCAGCUGGAGAAAUCCACCGCUUUAAUCGAGAUGUGGCUGAUGCAUUAUCUCGUAUCCAAGAAAAAUAUGCAAGCAUACCUGACGAUUUAGGACGUGAUUUAAAUAGCGUUCAGAAUCUAAUUAGGAAACAUGAGGGAUUUGAAAAUGAUCUGGUAGCUCUUGAAGCUCAGCUACAAAUUUUGGUUGAUGAUAGUGCCAGACUUCAAGGUGCUUAUCCUGGUGGAAAUGCAGAUCAUAUAUUGGAACAGCAGAAUAUUGUUAUAGAAAACUGGAACACACUUCAAGAAAGGGCUGCACAAAGAAAAAUUGAACUUCAGGCAUCCUAUCAGCUGCAGAGAUUUUUAUCUUCUGUACGUGAUGUUGAAAACUGGGCUUUAGGACUUUGUUCAUCUUUAAAAACUGAGGAGAAAGUGCGUGAUGUAGCAAGUGCACAGAUGUUAAAAGCAGAGCAUGAACAGUUAAAAGCUGAAAUUGAGGCCAGAGAAAGUACAUUUGGAACAAUAGUUAAUGUGGGAGAAGAAAUGAUUGAAGGUGGUCAUUAUGCUCAAGAUGAAAUUCGAGAGCGCCUUGAUCAACUUCUUGCUGUCAGAGGAGAGCUGCAUACAGCAUGGCACAAGAAAAAGAUUUAUUUGGAUCAAUUAUGUGAUUUACAAUGCUUCUUGAGAGAUGCAAAGCAACUAGACACAUUAAGCAGUCAACAGGAAGUUUAUUUAUCUGGUUCAGACAUGGGUAAUACUGUAGAAGAAGUUGAUGCUCUUGUUAAAAAGCAUGAAGCAUUUGAAAAAUUACUUAUAACACAAAAUGAAAAACUUACUGCUUUACAAGAACAUGGGACAAAGCUUUUAGAACAGAACCACUUUGAUAGUGAUACCAUCAGAACAAGGAUGGUUGAAGUUACAAAUAGGAGAACCAAAGUUAGAGACCUUAGUAAUGUGAGAAGGCAAAAGUUAGCUGACAGUUUUCUUCAUGCUCAGUUUAAGAGAGAUGCUACUGAGGCAGAAGCAUGGAUUGAAGAUAAAAAGAAGUACUUAGAUGCUGAGCAAGAUAUGAGUCAAAUUGCUAGCUUAGAAGAUAAAAUGAGGAAACUGCAGAAGCAUCAAGCAUUUCAAGCUGAAUUAUCUGCACAUGAAAGUAAUAUUCAGAAUAUAAAGCAGAAAGGAGAACUUUUAUUGUCAAAAAAUCAUGAGAAUUCUACCAAGAUACGACUGCAGUUGGAAAAGUUACUUAAACAAUGGAAUGAACUCUUAUCAUCUUCAACUAACUUGGGUCGUGGUCUUGAGGAAGCUCAGGACAUAUUAGAGUUUAAUAAUCAAGCUGAGAAAAUAGAAGCUUGGAUAAGAGAUAAGGAAAUGAUGGUCCAGGCUGGCGAUACUGGGAAAGAUUUUGAACAUUGCCAAGCUCUUCAAAGAAAACUUGAUGAUGUUGAUUCUGAUAUGAGAGUUGAUGAACUGCGUAUGAAAAACAUUAAUUCUUUAGCUAAUAAACUUAUACGUCAAGGAAGAUCAGAUACGCAGUCAGUGCAGCAGAGACAAGAAGAGCUGAAUAAAAAGUGGAAAGCUUUGCAAGGUGCCUUAGAGUUAUAUCGUGAGAAACUUGCUAAUGCUUCUGAUGUACAUGCUUUCAAUAGAGAUGUUGAUGACACAAAUGAUCGAAUUAAUGAAAAGUCUUUAGCAUUACAUGUUGAAGAAGAAACUAAAGAUUUGCAAACAGUUGAAGCAUGUCAAAGAAAAUUAGAGGCUACUGAACGAGAUAUGACAGCAAUUGAAGCAAAACUAAAAGAACAUGAAGUUGAUGCUCGUCGUCUGAUCCAAAAAAAUCCAGAAGCAGCUCCUCAGAUGAGACAGAAAAUUUCUGAAGUACAAGAAAAUUGGAGAAAACUAACAAAUUUAUGUUUAUCCAGGAAACAGUCUUUAUCAUCAGCAUAUACACUUCAUAAAUUUCUUUCAGAUUUUGAUGAGUUGGAAUCAUGGGUAAAUGAUAUUAGUAACAGAAUGACAUCUGGUGAAUUGGCUACAAACAAUUCUGAAGCUCAGAACAUGUUACAACUUCAUCAAGAAAGAAAAGCUGAAAUAAAUGGAAGGCAGGAAGCUUUCAAAGGUCUAAAAGACUUUGGUCAUCGAUUACUUCAGCAAAACCAUUCAGCAAAAGAUCUAAUUGAAUCAAAACUGCAACGUUUAGAAGAAUUAAGAAGAAAUCUCACUCAGGUUUGGGAAGAAAGGAGGCAUAUGCUAACUCAGUGUCGAGAUCUGCAAAUUUUUAAAGAACAGAUAGAAGCUGCUGAAUCUUGGUUAUCUGCAAAAGAAGCUUUCUUAAAUAAUGAAGAUUUAGGUGACUCUAUGUCAAGUGUUGAAGCUCUAGUCAAAAAACAUGACAAUUUUGAGAAGACGAUGAUUGCCCAGAGUAACAAAAUAGAUGAAUUAGAAACUUUUGCUACAGAAUUAAUUGCUGCAAAACAUUAUGAUAGUACAGCCAUUCAAAGCAAGUGCCAAGAUGUUUGUAACAGGCGAGAUAAAUUAAAAGAAACUGCUUUAAUUCGAAGAAAGAAAUUGCAGGAAUCAAAGGAGCUACAAAAGUUUUUACGUAAUAUUUAUGAGGUUGUGGGAUGGAUAAAUGAAAAAAUACAAGUAGCAUCAGAUGAAUCUUAUCGAGAUCCAACAAAUCUCUUGAGUAAAAUUCAGAAACAGGCUGCAUUUGAAGCUGAAUUAGCUGCAAAUAAAGCCAGGGUAGAUGCUGUUAUGGCUGAAGGGGAAAAACUAAUAGGAAGUGGGCACUUUGCUUCAUAUGAAAUUCAGAAUCUUUUACAAGAAUUGGAAAUGCAUUGGAGACAACUGUUGGACCAGACUGCUUUAAAAAAUAAACGCCUGCAAGAUGCUUAUCAGGCUUUGCAAUUUAAUCGCAUGUUAGAUGACUUAGACACAUGGAUAGAUGAGAUUGAAAUACAAUUGCAGUCAGAGGAUCAUGGAAAAGAUCUAACAGCUGUUCAAAACCUGUUGAAAAAACAUCAACAUCUUGAAACAGAUAUUAAUAACCAUGCUGAAAAUAUUGAGCAAGUAAAAGACCUAAAUACCAGUUUUCAAAACAGUAAUCAUUUUUUGAAAGAAGAAAUUGAAGAAAAAGCUGUUGCUGUUGUGAACCGAUAUCAGUCACUCCAUGAUCCUGUUCAGAUUCGACGGGAAAAUUUGGAAGAUUCUCUUCUUCUUCAUCAGUUUAACAGGGAUGUAGAAGAUGAGUUGUCAUGGAUUAGUGAAAAAGAGCCAUUAGCAGCUUCAACUGAUCUAGGGAAUAAUUUAGUAACAGUACAAAAUCUCCAAAAGAAACACCAGGCAUUAGAAGCAGAAAUUCAUGCCCAUGAGCCACUUAUAGCUUCAGUCAUAAGCAAAGGAAAACAAAUGAUACGAAUUGGUCAUUUUGCAGCUGCUGAUGUGGAAGCUAAACUGAAUCAAUUGCAGUCAUCAUUACAACAGCUGAAAGAUCUUUCAAGCAUUCGCAAAUUGCGCUUACUUGAUGCUGUUGAAUCUCAAACUUUCUAUUCUGAGGCUGCUGAAGCUGAAUCUUGGAUUCAAGAACGCAAGCCACCUCUAAUAAGCCCAGACCUUGGAAAAGAUGAAGAUUCUGUUCAGUCUUUAAUGAAGAAACUUGAUGGGCUUGAGAGAGAUAUUCAUAAUUUUAAUAACAACAUUAUAAAGCUAGCAAAAUUGAGCCAGGGACUCAUAGAAAGAGGACAUUUUGACAGUGAAAAUAUACAGAAAAAACAGAAAGAGGUUGAAUCAAGCUAUCUUGAGCUGAAAAAUCUAGCUGAAGAGAGAGGUUAUCGACUACAAGAGAGUAAAAGAUUCUUUAAUUUCAUGAGAGACGCAGAUGAAGUUGCUGCAUGGAUACAAGAUCAAAUGAUUAUAGCAAGUUCUGAAGAUUAUGGCAAAGAUGUAGAGCAUGUAGAAAUACUUAUUCAAAAGUUUGAAGGAUUUCUGAAUACUCUUCAUUCAAAUGAAGACAGAGUGGCUAAUUUAGAAAAUUCUGCUACAACACUUCUGAAGGAAAACCAUCCAGAAUCACAAAAGAUAAUGGCCAGAAAUGCUGAAAUUGCUCAUAUGUGGGAAGAGCUUAAAGAAUGUGCUCAGUCAAGACAAGAAGCUUUAGCUGGUGCAAAGCAGGUACAUACAUUUGACAGAAGUGCUGAUGAAACAAUCAGCUGGAUACAUGAAAAAGAUACUGUGUUGUCCAGUGAAGAUUUUGGGCAUGAUUUAGAGACGAUUCAGGCUCUUGUCAGACGGCAUGAAGGUUUUGAGAGAGAUCUUGCUGCAGUAAAGGAGCAAGUAGUUGCUUUAGUGGAGGAAGCACGAAGAUUAGCUUCUCAGUUUCCUGAUGCCAAAGAUCACAUUGAUGCAAAGCAUGAAGAUGUUGCUGAAGCUUGGAAUCAGCUCUUGGAAAAAUCUGCAGAGCGGAAAGAUAAACUCCAACAAGCUGAAAAGUUACAAGCAUAUUUUGAUGACUAUCGAGAGCUCAUGGCUUGGUUAAGUGAAAUGAUGGCCCUCAUAACUUCACAUGAAUUAGCUCGAGAUGUCAGUGGUGCAGAAGCUCUCUUAGCACGUCACAAGGAAUACAAAUCUGAAGUAGAUACGAGAUUAGAGAAUUUUAAUAAAUUCUAUGAAACAGGCGAGACUAUCAUAGCAUCUGGUCAUUUUAUGGCUGAAGAAAUAAAAGAUAGAAUUCAUAGACUCAAAGCUGCGUUUGCACAGCUCCAAACAACGUGGGAAAAGAGGCAAAUUAUUUAUGAGCAAAACUUAGAUUCCCAGAUUUUCAAAAGGGAUGCUGAAACACUUGAAGCAUGGCUUCAAAGUCGUGAACCAAUUUUAUUUGAUAAGCAGUAUGGUGAUUCAAUUUCUGCUGUUGAAGAACUAAUAAGAAAGCAUGAAGAUUUCGAAAAAACUAUUGAAGCUCAAGAAGAAAAAUUCCUUGCUUUGAAGAGAAUUACAAAGUUGGAAGAAGCAUUUGCAAGGCAAAAAGAAGAAGAAGAACGUAAUAGAAAAGCAGAAGUACAAAGAAAAGAACAGGAGAGGUUGGAUGCUAUAAAACGAAAGGAACAGAAACGUAUUCUGGAAGAAAGAAGAAGGGAAGAUGAAAGAAGGCGUACACAAGAGAUAGUUUUGAAGAAGCCCGGUGAAGAGUAUGAAAUUGAUGGCAAUGAGAUAUCACCAUUAUCAUCCCCAAAAAAUAUUCCUGAAAUUCGCCAUCCUCCUGGUCUUUUCCGAGCAUCCAGUCAGAAGAGUUUAGAUGGAGAUAAACUAUCUGUUAAACGGGGUGAAAGUAUGAGAGUUGAAGGCUUAAGUCCAUGGAAACCAGAAUCUCCAGCUCACAUGAAACGAUCUGAAAGUAUGAGGUUAGAUGAAAGACAAAAGAAGCCAAAGAGAACUCCAAGCUUCACUACCCGAAGGCGCACCCAAAGUUUCCGGCGCCAGAGAACUCCUGCAGAUUUACCUCCUGUUGAAAUUGAAGGUUUUCUUGAUCGUAAGCAAGAAUUGCAAAGUGGUGGCAAAAGAGCUACUAUUAGGUCCUGGAAAACUUACUAUACUGUUGUUUGUGGGCAGCUUCUUUGUUUUUUCAAAGAUAAAGAAGCUUUUGUGGAUAACAAUGCUGCUGCACCACCUGUGAGUCUUCUGCAAGCAAAAUGCUCAAAGGCAGCUGAUUACACAAAGAAGAAACACGUUUUUAGAUUACAGUUAGUUGAUGGGGCUGAAUUUCUGUUUAUGGCUCAUAAUGAGAAAAUUAUGUAUGAUUGGAUGAAUAAAAUAGCAUUUCAUGCUGCUUUACCGCCAAGCAUGCAGUUAAUGCGAUAUGAAACUCGUAAAAGUAACAGUUCCGAUAGUGUAAAUUCUAGCCAAAAAGCAUCAGUUGUGAGUGAAGAUAGUACAGCUGGAGCACAUGUCAAUGAUAAUCAUGAAACUACUUCAGCAACAUCUAGCCAAGGGUCAACACCUGAACUUAGACGUGCUAUAAUGUCACACACUUCAAACCAAGUAGUUACUGAUAGAUCUUCUCUAUCAAGAUCACAUCCACCUCCGUAUGAGGAAGCUUUAUUACGAGAAAAGCAGAAACCCCCAAUUCCACCGCGAAACCUCCCCUCUCGACCUCUCUCAGAUCCACCAAGUAGGCUAAAUAGUCAGGAAUCUUCAGUGUCUGUUAAAAGUCGUAUUGAAAUGUUCCAAAGUCAACAGCAUGCUGCACCACCAGCCGUAGCUCCUAGGUCAUCAUUUCCUGGUGUUCAUCAUCAUAAUGGUACGGCUAUAUCCACCAAUCGCAAUUCUAUUCAUACAACUAGAGAGUUCCAUCGUAGUAUAGAAGAAAAUUCAAGCUCUUACAGUGACAAUGAUCAUUCUAGUUUAUCUGUAAAUUCUGCACCCCCUCCCCUGCCUCAGAAACCCCCUCCUGCAGCUUUGCGUAGUCAUAAUGUCCCUGAUUCAGAUGAUGAUUGGCAUCCUAUGUCAGAUGGUGAAAUGGAUAAGCAUGCUGUGUAUCGAAGGCAAGAGCUGAAGGGACAAAACUCCGAUUUCACACAAUACAGACAAACCUACGAAACUACUGAAACAUCUCAUGCGAGACAUAUGUCAUUACCCCAUAAGGUACAACCUAUACCAGGAACUCAAGUCCGUCCAUUUUCAACGUUAGAAGUCCGCUCACGAACCACAUCAUCAGAAGGAUCAUCUGAAGGGGAAGUUGUUCCAACUGACCGUAAGAUCAAAGAAAAGAAAAAAGGAGGAAUGUUUGGCUUUUUGAAAAAGAAAUAGUAUAAAUUCAUAUUUUGUAAAUUUUUAGAGAUUAUAUAUAUUAUUGUAUAUAGACAGUUGGUUAUUUUCUGUGACAGCUGGUUUUGUCUAAUUCAAAUAAUAUCUGAAAAUAAGUGAUAUGUUUGUAUAUAAUAGCAUUAAACAUAUUUUUAUAAGCAGACUUUUAUUUUCUAAUCAGCACAGUCGGGAACUAUCGAGAUUUAUGAUGAAAGUUAAGUAAUUUUUUUAAUUAACCUGAAACUGCAUAUCUGUGUAUUAAGUAAAAUGAAUGUUUAUCUUGUAUCAUAGUUCAAAAUUUUUUUUUAUUUGGAAGCAAAAUUUAAAGAUCUGAAGUUUUAUUAUAAAUUAAAAUUUUGCUGCACUUAAAAAGAUUAUUUUCAUUUAGUUAAUUUUUUCACUCUUUCCAUUUCAUUUUAUGAGAUGUUUUAUUGUAACCACUUCUGGGACCAAAAUGUAAAUUUUUCCUUAAGCUUGUAAUGAGAUAAAUAUAUCCAGUAAUAGCAAUAAUGAUGCUGUAUUUUUAGUCUAGCAUGUUAUUUUGUGCAAUACACAAUUUUUUUUUUUUUAUGUAAAGUCUUACUGGAAAUAAAUAUUUUGAUGAAAAUA